CAAUUUUUAGUUUUGGUACUAUUGUGGCGUUUAUAUUUCUAUGGAAACCUACUUUCAAAAUUUGAUCAUUCAAAAGUCGAAAAAAGGCAGUCAUAAGAAAUAUGCCCCCAAAAACAUUAGAGGAAAAAUUGUUCGAUUUACGCAAAUUCAGAAAAAAUGAUGACAUUGAACCUGUGCCUUACCAUUUUCGUGAUGCAAAAAAAAGAAUACAUUACGUUCUAGUAAUUCACGAUUCAGCUAUAUACAAAAAAGAGUCUCUAGUAAAAGUUUUGGAAUUUCUGAGUUAUUUAGAAAUGCAAGGGAUUGAAAUUGAAUUUGAAAUUGGUUUGAUGGACUCGAGCUUAGUAUAUUUGAAACUACAUGCCACUGAUGAUGUUAUCAAACAUUUAGCAAAUUUAUAUGAUGUUGAUAUAGAAAAUCCAGGACAUAACUUUAUCCCGGAUGAUUCUUUCAGAUGUCGAUUCGGAGUAACUGAGUUAACUAAGGAUGAUGGAGACGUUUUCAAGAGAGAUGGGAAACCCACAAGUUGUGAGAAGAUUAUUUUAGUCAAUAAACUUCUUUCGGAUCCUCUGCCAAUAGAUGAUAUAGAGGUGUAUAGCUUGGAUAAGAUGACUAAACUCGGCUAUAUAAAAGAUGCAUUUCCUCUGCAUGACGGUCCGUGGCAAUGGACGGACGAAAAACAAGAGAACCUGAAUGAUCGUCAGCUGUUAACAAAAUACUGGGCGAAUUACAGCAUGCUGUGCAACGAGCAACCCAUAAAUCUGGUAGAGAAGUACUUUGGGACAGAUCGCGCAUUCUAUUUCGCUUGGUUUGAACACUAUAACAUUAUGUUGAUAUUUGUUGCUAUUGUGGGAAUCCUUGUUUUGUGCAUUAAUGGAAUUAUUUUAUUGGUUAAACCGCCAAUAAUUAUUCGAGACCUGUGCAGGUCCCAAGAGUAUCUGUGUCCUAUGUGUCAACACAAAAUGUGCCAAUUUAUACGCUUAUCCACGUAUUGCAAGACAUCCAAGGCAGAAUACAUUCUUGGAAACUACAAUAAUUUGAUUUAUGCCAUUAUCAUCUCGAUUUGGGUUACUGUAUUUUUGGAGAGCUGGAGAAGAAAAGAAUGCACCUUGAGUGUUAGAUGGAAUGUUUACCAUGCGGACGUUGAAUAUAAAAUAAGAUAUGACUAUAGAGAUAAGAGCACUUAUAAGAAAAAAUCUAAAAUUACAGACUUAGUUGAACCCUAUGUCCCACGUGGAGUAAAAAUAUUACGAUACACUUUCACUUACUUCAUUGUCUUUUUGAUGGUUUUACUGGUGUCUUCCUAUGUUUUUCUCCUCAUCAUUCUGAAGAAUUGGCUUAUGUCCCUUAUGGAUACAAAACACGAACCCACGCCUACAUUUUGUGCAGCCAUAAUUUGUUCGAUUUUUCAAGUGAUCUUCAUCAAAAUCUUCUCUCUGUUCUAUACAAGGCUGUCUGUGUGGUUGACGAAUAUUGAAGUUCCUAAAACUCAAAAGCAAUUCAACGAUAGUGUUAUUUAUAAAAUAUAUCUUUUCGGAUUUAUAAAUAAUUACAUUCCGAUACUGUACACUGCGUUUUUAAGGGGACAACUCAACCCGACACCAGAAUACAAUAAACUAGAAUUAGAAAUAUUCGAUCAAGACUAUUGUUUUCCAACUGGUUGCACUCUAUUAUUGGCUAUCCAACUUUGUGUUGUAAUGGCUUUGAAGAGUAUAGGAGGAAACAUAUUUGGAGCGAUAUUUCGAAGUAUAAAACAAUUGCUAUUUUUUGCUUCCCAAACGAAAACUGUAUCAGAAACGAAGAUGUAUGUACCGACAUGGGAAAAAGAAUAUUACUUGGAAAAAAAUGACGAACUAUCAUGGGCAUGCGAGUUCUCUGAAAUGAUUUUGCAGUUCGGAUACGUAUCUUUUUUCAUUGCUGCUUUUCCCCUUGUCGGCGUCAUAGCUGUUUUGAACAACUUCAUGGAAAUCAGAUCAGAUGCCAAAAAAUUAGUGAGAGGUUACCGAAGACCAGCACCUGAUAUGAUUAAAGGAAUUGGAGCCUGGAACGAUAUAGUAAAAUUUGCGUCAUAUUUCAGCAUCGUCUGUAAUGCUUUCCUUGUCGCUUUCAAUACGAGUUUCAUACAAGGAGUGGUUUAUAAUUCACUUUACCAUAGAGGAACAGAAGGAUUUUUAAAUUUUACCUUUUCCAGAUUUGCAGUUUCGGAUUUACCCAAAGCUCAACAGAACUCCAUCAAAAAUAUUACAGAAUGUGUUUAUUAUGGUUAUAGAUACCCUCCUGAUCAUCCAAAGAAAUACAGAAAAACUGACUCUUAUUUCUUGGUGCAUACAUGGAAAUUCACAUUCGUCAUAAUUUUUGAGAACGUGAUUCUCAUGAUCAUAGGUGGAAUUUACUAUUUUGUAGAUGAAAUGCCUCGGAGGGUCAAAGAACAAUUACAUCGAGAAAGACUUUUCACAAAAGAAGUUAAAAUGAAAUUGCUUGAAGGGAAAACACAAAGUAGAAUUCUACAAAAAUAAUACCCAUUAUGAUGUAAAAAAUUUAUAGAUAUAAUAAUUUUCAAUCUGUAGGUUGAUGAAUCAAUUGAAAUUCGAAGAGAUGUGCUAAAAAAAUUUUUUUUCUUGUACCAAAGCUUUGAGAGCA